AUGGCUUUCGGAGGUGUCGCUCUGCCCGGUUCGGGCAACUCUGCCAACAACGCAACCAGCUCCAAGGGCAACGCCAACGCUGGUGCUCUGACCAGUGCCAAUGGCGCCGGCAACGAUGACAAGAAGGUGGUCGCUACUGGCAAGGACGCUGCCGGGAUGGAUCAGCAAGGCCUCUCGAGUGUACACGGCAUUGUGCCUACGUUGCAAAACAUCGUCGCGACCGUCAACCUCGAGGUGCGUCUCGACUUGAAGACCAUCGCCCUGCACGCGCGCAAUGCCGAGUACAAUCCCAAGCGUUUCGCCGCCGUCAUCAUGCGUAUCCGCGAGCCCAAGACCACAGCACUCAUCUUUGCCUCGGGCAAGAUGGUGGUCACGGGUGCCAAGUCGGAGGAUGAUAGCCGUCUUGCUAGUCGAAAGUACGCCCGUAUCAUCCAAAAGCUCGGCUUCGAGGCCAAAUUCAGCGAGUUCAAGAUUCAGAACAUUGUCGGCUCGUGCGACGUGCGCUUCCCCAUCCGUCUCGAGGGCCUCGCCUACAGUCACGGUGUCUACUCGUCGUACGAGCCCGAGCUGUUCCCCGGUCUCAUCUACCGCAUGGUCAAGCCUAAGGUUGUGCUUCUGAUCUUUGUCUCUGGCAAGAUCGUGCUCACCGGUGCCAAGGUACGAGAGGAGAUUUACCAGGCGUUUAAUCUCAUCUUGCCUGUACUGGCUGAGUUCCGCAAGCCUUGA